AUGCAAUCUCGCGCUUUGUCGAGCCUGAUAUGCUACUACAGAAAAGCAUCGGUAUUGUCCAUUUCAGACCAUCACCAAUCCGUGCAACUGUUACGUUCGAUUUGCUCUUCCAUCCACCCGGGAAGCUCGAGACCUAGAAGAGACGGAUAUAGGUUGAAAUCACGUGUCGCACGACCCGAAUGGCUGAUUGGGAACCUGUGCAAAGAAGGUAGAAUCGCAGAAGCACGCAAACUGUUCGACGGAAUACCUGAGAGAGAUGUGAUCACAUGGACGGAUGUGAUCACUGGGUAUAUUAAGUUAGGGAAUAUGAGAGAAGCUAGAGAACUGUUUGAUCGGGCUGAUUCUAGGAAAAAUGUGGUUACUUGGACGGCCAUGGUUAGUGGGUACUUGAGAUCUAAGCAGUUUCCUGUAGCUGAGAUGCUUUUCCAGGUAAUGCCAGAGAGAAAUGUUGUUUCUUGGAAUACUAUGAUUGAUGGGUAUGCUCAGAGCGGGAGAAUUGACAAGGCCCUGGAACUGUUCGAUGAAAUGCCUGAGAGAAACACCGUUUCCUGGAACACAAUGAUUAAAGCGCUGGUUCAGCGUGGGAGGAUAGAAGAGGCGAUGACUCUAUUCGAAAGAAUGCCUAUAAGGGAUGUCUAUUCAUGGACUGCUAUCGUUGAUGGAUUGGCAAAGAACGGUAAGUUAGAUGAAGCAAGACGGGUUUUCGAUUGUAUGCCUGAAAGAAACAUCGUUUCAUGGAAUGCGAUGAUCACAGGUUAUGCACAUAACAAUAAAAUAGAUGAAGCUGACCAACUCUUUCAAGUGAUGCCAGAAAGAGACUUUGCUUCUUGGAAUACGAUGAUCACAGGGUUUAUACGAAAUGGGGAAAUAAACAAGGCAUGUGUUUUAUUCGACCAGAUGCCUGACAAGAAUGUAAUAUCCUGGACCACGAUGAUUACAGGAUACGUCCAGGAUAAAGAAAACGAGGCUGCGCUUAACGUUUUCGCAAAGAUGUUAAGGGAAGGCUGUGUUAAACCUAACGUAGGAACUUAUGUGAGCAUUUUAAGCGCCUGCAGUGACUUGGCUGGGCUUGUGGAAGGGCAGCUGAUUCACCAGUUGAUAUCUAAGUCGGUGCACCAAAAGAACGAACUUGUGACUUCAGCGCUUGUUAACAUGUACUCAAAAUCCGGUGAACUAAAUGCUGCCAUAAAGAUUUUCAAUGAUGGGCUGGUAAGCCAAAGGGAUAAAGUAUCAUGGAACAGUAUGAUUGCAGUGUAUGCACACCACGGGCAUGGGAAGGAAGCAAUUGAAAUGUAUGAUCAGAUGCGGAAACAUGGGUUCAAACCCAAUGAGGUGACCUAUCUUAACUUGCUAUCGGCUUGCAGCCACUCUGGAUUGGUAGAGAAAGGAAUGAAGUUCUUUGAGGAGCUCGUGAGAGACGAAUCACUUCUUCUGCGAGAAGAUCACUAUACGUGUCUCGUGGAUCUCUGUGGUCGGGCUGGUAGAAUGAAAGAUGUGUUAAAGUUCAUCAAUCGUGAUGAGCUUAGGUCAUCAAGAUCCGUAUAUGGAGCGCUCUUAUCCGCUUGUAAUGUUCAUGGUGACGUAAGUAUUGCCAAAGAGGUGGUGAAGAAGGUUCUGGAAACAGGGUCGGAUGAUGCUGGGACUUAUGUAAUGAUGUCUAAUAUAUAUGCGGCGAGCGGGAAAACGAAGGAAGCUGCAGAGAUGAGAAUGAAGAUGAAGGGAAAAGGGUUGAAGAAACAGCCAGGUUGCAGUUGGAUUAAUUUUGGGACUGAGAAUCAUGUUUUUGUCGUUGGAGAUAAGUCUCAUCCUCAGUUUGAAGCCCUUGAUUCGGUAAUAUCCGAUCUUAACAAGAAAAUGAGGAAGCACAAGAACAUGACUUCACAAGCAGGAGAAGAUGAGUUCUUGGCUAUUUGA